AUGUACUUUGCUACGUUUCCAUUGCAUAAGCAAGUAACGCUUGAAGCUUAUGAUCAGCAAUGUGAUGAAGCAGCAAGAAUAUUUGCCGAAUAUCACAAAAGACUACAAUUUUAUGUGAAUCAAGCGAGGGAUGCACAGAGGUCGGGUUUGGAUUAUUUAGGUGAUUUAACGAGUAAGCUCAGCACUGAUAUCGAGAGGGAAGCUGUUUAUUCUUCUGUCAGAGGAAGUAAGUCGGCGGAUGAUGUCAUUCUUGAAACUACUCGGGAGAGGAGUGUUAGGAAAGCUUGUGAGUCACUUGCAUCGCGAAUGGUUGACAGAAUAUGUAACUCUUUCCCUGCUUAUGAAGGAAGCGGAAUUCAUUCGCAUCCUGAGCUUGAAACUGCGAAGCUGAGUUUUGAGUAUGAUGGAGAAAUAUCUGAUGAGAUGAGAGCUGUUUUAUUGAACUGCUUGAGUAGUCCUCCUCUUCUCCUUCAGGCUAUUGCUGCUCACACCCUACGUCUUAAGACCCUAAUAACCAAGGAGGUAGAGAGGGUAGAUGUCAGAGCUGAUGCUGAAACAUUGAGGUAUAAGUAUGAAAACAACCGAAUAAUGUUUAAAAAGGACAUAGUUUCAGGCUUUCUGCUUAGCAAUGGCUUAGCUUGCGCCUACGGAUUGUUUUUAGGCCAGCUGCUGCAUGUAAACUUGUUGCACGAUAAUGAUCAUACGUUUAGGAUCCAUUUAUCUUAUCUUGUACGCAUGCCUGGCACAUGUACAUUGAUAUCUGAAAUACAACGGCUGAAUAAAUUAUGCGCUGAAAGGAAAGAAGCUGAACAUUCCUUAAAACAGAAAUGGAAGAAAAUUGAAGAAUUUGAUGCUCGCAGAUCCGAACUUGAAACCAUAUAUACUACUCUUCUCAAGGCCAACAUGGAUGCUGCUGAGUUCUGGAAGCAGCAGCCUCUAGCUGCAGGGGAAUACGCAAUGGCCACUAUAAUUCCAGCGUGUGAGGUUGUUGCAGACAUUUCAAAAAACUCUAAAGAUUUCAUUGAGAAAGAAGUGUCUGCUUUCUUCCAAAGUCCUGAUAACACCCUCUAUAUGCUUCAAGAUUUAGUUGAAAGUGGUCGCUCUCUACUAAGCCAUGCUUACCAUUCCCAGCAAGAAUAUGAAAGGACAACUAAGCAUUGCCUAGAUCUUGCCACAGAACAAGAUAAUGGAAUAACAGAGAAAUGGUUGCCUGAGCUCAAGACUGCAGUCUUGAAUGCUCAAACUUCAUUGGAGCACUGCAAAUACGUAUGGGGUUUGCUGGAUGAAUGGUACGAACAGCCUGCUGCAACUGUUGUGGACUGGGUGACGGUAGAUGGGCAAAACGUUGCGGCUUGGCAUAACCAUGUGAAAUCAUCCUAUUGUCUUCUACGAUAA